CCCUGGGAGCCGGGGCGGGGCCCUCGGAGCCAGGGCGGCCCCGGUCCCUGCAGUCCCGCCUUGGCUGAGCGUCUCUGCCCGGGCCGCGGCCAGGCCCGCCCAGAAGGAGCGCGCAGAGUUCCAUAUACUAACCGGGGGCUUAGCCAGCUAAUGAGCCACUGUGCGGUAAACUUAAAGGCAAGAGGAGUCACAAGCGUCAUAACUUUGGGAAGGAGACGAGUAAAAAGAAGUCGCGAUGGGAGUUUUUAAGGAAAUAGGUGAAGAGCAGCAGGUGAGUUUUGUUGUUCCACGGUCCUGACUGCGGGGGAGCGAACCCCCGCCCAAACAUGGCACCCCGAGACCUCCCGAAGCAAAACGCAGAAAGUUGUUGUUGCUUAAUGAAUUCUCGUGAGAAUGAGCAAUUCCACCGCGAGGAGGGGGAGCGCGAGCUCUCGGUAGAAGGCUGAAGAAUUAGCGCAGAGACACGGUCGUUACAGGUUGUUACAAAGGGCUGCAUCGCGCGUCGGGGAGCGUUGCGGAAUAGGUGCCCUCUCCCCUUCGUUGCAUGUUAGACCUGGGUGCCAACAGACCCCCAGAACUCAGAUGACUAAACUAACAGCGUUCAACUAAUCGUCCAAAUAUUGAUGACAUUGACUAGGGAUCAGUGUCGUCAUUUCAGGUAAAGUAAGUAUUUCCAAAGUCUGAGUGAAUAUUGGCUAACGCACAACAUCCUUAGGCGGGUCACAGAGACGGAGAAGUGAUGAAUAAUGAAAUGCAGAAAAAGAACUUAAACAUUCCUGGAACGUCUUCACCUUAUCUCGCCAUCCCAUACGUUGACUUUAGUUUUUUAUUGCUCCACAUCCUUCCAUCAGACAUGCAGUUUUAGCAGGCCCGGGGUUAUGACCCUUCAUCAGCCCUCAAAUAAGGGUAAAAGAAAAUAAAGGCUCUCAUCCCAGAAUUGUGAGGAAUGGGAGAUGUCAACAGAGGAGGGGACCCUAAAAGAGAAGUUAGGGGCUCCAGCUAGGCUGUAAACCCUGUGAUACCGAGCCAGCGGAAACGGGAGGGAAAUGCACGAUGGGACAAAAAGGGGUAUUUAAGCCUACAAGCUUAGACUCCCACUCAUAAUAUAAAAUAAAAUCUUUCCUGCCUUCUCCGCUGAGUCUAUGCGUUUCUUGGGAAGCCUUUGUUUCUUACAUUGAAGAUAAAUUCCUACAUUGGCCAAAAACAUUUCUCAUUUAACACCCUGAGUCGAUCACCUCUGUCUCUAGAAAAGUAGCUACCAUGAUUCAUUCCGCGUUCUCUGAAAUUGUGGUUUGUCAGUGAAGAGGUCAGGGAACAAGUGAAGAAGUCAGUGUUCCUGGGGGUCAGGGAACCAAAUGAUGAGGUUUGGCUCCUCUAGGAUUUGACGCAGGGCAGGGCAUUGUGGGAACUCCUUCUGGCAGCACAGAGGUCCUUUGUAAAGGAAUUUAUGAACCCGAACAGCUAGACUGGUAAAAGAAAUUUAUUAUUGGCAUUGGGAAGUCAGCCUUUGCUAUGCGUGAAUAGAAACACUGAAUUUCUUGGUGGCAAAGUCCCAACAGAGAACUAAAGUUUCUAGCAGAGAAAUCCCGACAGAGAGAGAUAAGGUCUUGGUAGAGAAAUAGGAGAAGAGAGGGUAACGCUGAAAGAGAAUAUCAUUUCAGCAGGCAAAGGGUUGCUGCCAUGCCAGGAAAAGAGAGGUUCCUUGCAUGGCAUAUUAGGUCCUCUGCAAGGACUGAGCCCCAAGUUGGCUCGUUUUAUAAUAGAAGCCUAGGCUAGCAGCUCUUGAUGGGGAUUGGGGGCUGUUUGAGCUGGAGUCAGAAUAGGGAAUCUUGGAAUUGAAUGAGUGUCUAUGGACUAAUCUCCAACUCACUGGGGAGCUUAAUGAGUAAUGAGUGUUAUCAAUGGGGGUGGUGCCCGUUUCUCAGGAUAACAGAAUGAAGCUGUUUGUCCUGUUUCCCUCGGUCGGGGUCUUUUACAGAGGCCAGGAUUCUGGGAGACUCCUUGAAAGAGUUUCAGAGAGUUUUGGGGUCCCCCCUUCAGUUUCAGGCUCCCUUCAUCAUCAGGACAUUGAUCAAAGUUCUCAAUAUUAUCCUAACUUCUGCUUUGGCUGUAACUCAGAAAUGUUCAUAUCUCCUUGUUAGCAUUACCUUGGAUGAGAUUAUCGAUAUUAUGCCAGGCCAAGCCUCAGCCUUGGAUCACUGCCACAAUCCGCUGCCUUCACAUCUAUGCACUUGCUGCUAAGUGAAGGUGGAGAAAACUUCUGAAUGGGGUCACUACAAACUGGUGUUGUACAGUCUCAAACCGAAUCCUCAUCACUGCUUCCAUGACGUUCAGAGACGUGGCCAUGGACUUCACCCCGGAGGAAUGGGGGCAGCUGCGCCCUUCCCAGAAGGAGCUGUACAGAGACGUGAUGCUGGAGAACUACCAGAACCUGGUCUGCCUGGGACUUGCAGCCUCCAACCCAGAGCUGAUUUACCAGCUGGAACAAAUGAAAGAUCCUUGGGUGCCCGAGGGAGAGAUCCCAGCCACCAGCCGUACAGAUUUAAAAACUAGGUCAUUUCCAGAACUGGGCCUUUCUAUGGAAGUAUCCCAUGAGAAAUUUCUAACAGAUGGUCCUUGUGUCUGCCCAUCAGGAGAAGACUUGGAACGUGAUGUCUGGCUAAAGAGGCAGUGGAGCAAUGAGGAAAAUGGGGAUAUGAGACUUACUGAGCCUCAGAAGAUUCCCAUCAGAGAGACUUACGACUGUAAGCAGUGUGGGAAAACCUUUCAUCAUAGAUCAGGACUUAGUGACCAUCAGAGAGUUCAUACUGGAGAAAAGCCUUAUGUAUGUUCUCAGUGUGGGAAAUUCUUCAGCUGCAAAUCAAACCUUACUUCCCAUUACCGAGUUCAUAUUGGCAACAGACCUUAUGAAUGUAACGUUUGUGGGAAGAGCUUCCAUCAGAGGUCAGGCCUUGUUGAACAUCAGAGAAUUCACACAGGAGAAAAGCCUUAUGAGUGUAAAGUAUGUGGGAAGGCUUUCCGACAAAAUGUACAUCUUACCGGCCAUCUGAAAAUUCACACUCGAGGGAAACCUUUUGCCUGUUCUAAAUGUGGGAAAUCCUUCAGCUACAAGUCAGCUCCGACUUCCUGUUAUAAACUUCAUAUCGUUGACGGACACUAUGAAUGUGAGGAAUGUGAGAAGGCCUUUCAUCAGAGAUCAGGACUCGCUGAACAUCAGAAAAUUCAUCCUGGAGGGAAGCCUCAUGAACAGAAAGCCUGUGGGAAGGCCUUCCAACAGUACGUAUAUCUGACUUCCCAUGAGAAAAUUCACAGUAGAGAAAAUGCUUUUAUAUGUACUAUGUGUGGGAAGUCCUUCACUUGCAAGUCAACCCUUACUUCCCAUUUCAAAAUCCACUCUGGCGACAGACCUCAUCAGUGUACUGAAUGUGAGAAAGCUUUCCAUCACAAGUCUGACCUUCUUCGACAUCAGAGGAUUCACACUGGAAAGAAGCCUUAUGAAUGCAAGGAAUGCAGGAAAGCCUUCCACCAGAUCACACACCUUACUCGACACGAAAGGAUCCACACUGGCGAAAAACCUUUUGGUUGCUCUAAAUGUGGCAAAUUUUUCAGCUGCAAGUCGUACCUCGUUUCCCAUUAUAGAAUUCAUACUGAUGACAGACCUUAUGAAUGUAAGGAGUGUGGAAAGGCUUUCCGCUGGAGCACCAAGCUCACGCGACAUCAGAGAAUUCAUACUGGAGAGAAGCCUUUUGAAUGUGAGGAGUGUGGGAAGGCCUUCUACCGGAGGUCAGGACUUACUGGACAUCAAAAAAUUCAUGCUCGAGAGAAAACGUGGGGAAUUUAAAUAAGGCGUCAGUGCCUUCUGCUGGAAGUUAGGACCUAGUUGAUGCUUUCUAAGAAUUCGUGCUAGGGACAUUGAGGACACAUCUUGUGUGUGUAAACUUUCUGGGAAGGCCUUUCUUAAAAGCCAGUAGUUUAUUCAACGGCAAAGGAUUCACACUGGAAGGAAGCCUUGCGGAUGCAGAUUCUUAGGAUGUCAUAUGUAUCAGGAGUUGAGCUGGACCAGUGAAGAAAAUUUGAAUUUAAACUAAAAGGGAACUCAAAGAAGAUCUAAAUAUAAAAUCAUAGACCUUCUUUCCCUGAUAUUUGUGGCAAAGUAAUCAAUGUAUAGUUGUAUUGCAAGAUUUCUGAUAACUACAAAAAACACCUGUGGAGCCGAGUUACCUAAAAGUUUUCUCUUUGAAAAUCAAGGCCAUGGAGAGACUUACACGAACUGAUGCUAAGUGAAAUGAGCAGGACCAGGAGAUCAUUAUAUACUUCAACAACA